GCUCGGUAGAUAUAUAUAUAUGUGUGUGUGUGUGUAUAUUGCAAAUUUAUUACAAAUCUACCUGUCAUCGCCGAUAAGCUGCGUCUAUGUACUUUUUAUAUCUAUGGUCGCAAUUUUAUAUUUUUAUCGCUAGAGUUUUUGCUUGUGUUAUAGAGGGUGGAAACAACGAGGUUCCACCGUCGUUCGAGGUGUCAACCGACUAGGAACGUAUACGUCAAGAGGUACGAGAUCACGCGUGGAUUGUACGCAGGAAAAGAAGAGUGAUAAAAUUCUAAUGUCAAUUAUCAAAGAUAUAAAAAGAAGAUGGAGCUAAUAGGGACUUUAUUGAAAUUAUGGCUAAUGAAUGUUCUAAUAAUAAACUGCAGCAGUGCAGUGGUACCUUUUAAAGAUAAUUAUCAAACUCUGAUAGGUGGUCAAGGCUUAUAUAAUGCCAGCGAUGAUGUAGUGAUUCUCAAUGCCACAAAUUUCAAAACAAAUAUUUAUGGCAGCACCAAAAGUUGGCUAGUUGAGUUUUACAACAGCUGGUGUGGCUUUUGUUAUAGAUUCGCGCCAACUUGGAAAGCUUUGGCGAGUGAUAUUCUUUCUUGGAACGAUAUCGUCGUAGUUGCGGCGAUAGAUUGCGCCGACGAUGACAACAAUCCAAUCUGUCGCGAAUACGAAAUCAUGCAUUAUCCAAUGUUGAAGUAUUUCUCUGUGAAUGCGCAUCCACCAUCUUUAGGUUUAGUGAUAGAAAAGGGGAGCAGCAUUGAUUCUGUGAGGCAUAAUUUGAUUAGUAGACUCGAGAUAGAACAACAGGAAGGACGAGGAAUCACGUGGCCUAACAUCACACCAUACAGAAAUGUCGAAAUAACGGAUGUAUGGAGGACAACGUCCAAUAACGUGAAGUAUUUCUUUUUUAUUUUUGAAAAAACGGAUUUCCACUUAGGCACAGAAGUCAUUCUUGAUCUUCACAGAAUCAGCAGCUUGCAAAUACGCAGGGUGACUUCUGAUAAUGAAUUGUUAUGCGUGGUGAACAAGGUUACCAAAUUUCCAACUUUGAUAGUCUUUGGGCGCAAUGAGUCACAGAAGGUCGUUAAUGUGAAAGUAUCGUCGAGACAAGGAGUUCGACGAGCUAUUAAGGAUUAUGUAAUCGCGAAAGGAAUUAAUAUCGAUGAGACAAUAGGCACGACAGUGUCCCACGAUAUGGCGCAGAAUGUUGAGACUGCGCAUCAAACAACAAUUGGAACGAUUAUCAAGUCUCGCGAGGAACAGGAAGGGGAAGAACAUUCAUCGAAAAAAACUGAUGAUUAUUUAUACCAACUAGAUCUGGAGAACGCAUUGCAUUAUUCGAUGAAUAACGAAAUAUCCCUAACGAAGUCGAUAAACGGCGAGAAAAUGGAAGCCUUACGAAAAUAUCUCGCAGUGUUGACGGCAUAUUUUCCUCUACGACGCGGUAACACGUAUCUAGAGGUGAUACGCGACGUCGUCAAAAGCAGAAGCACCAUGACCGGUGAAGAAUUCAGUCAGCUGGCGAAGACGACGGAAGAAGUGAUGUCGCCGGUGUACUCGGGAGCACCUCAUCAAUGGAUAGGAUGUAAGGGUAGCACAAAUUCAUAUCGGGGAUAUCCCUGCGGACUGUGGACCAUGUUUCACAUGUUAACCGUGAACUUCGCGUUAGAACCAAACAAGGUUCCUCGGGCAGAUUUCUCACAAGAUCCUACGGCGGUACUGCGAGCAAUGCAUGGCUAUAUCGGGACGUUUUUCGGAUGUGCUGACUGUGCUGCACAUUUCGUGGAGAUGGCUGGCAAGAAUAAAAUAUUCGACGCGCAUAGCAGAGACGAGGCUGUACUCUGGUUAUGGCGGGCGCAUAACCAGGUGAACGCUCGAUUGUCGGGUGACGCUACGGAGGAUCCCGAGCACAAAAAAAUACAGUACCCUGCGAUCGAGCAUUGCCCGGCAUGCAGAUAUGUUAACGGCAGUUGGAAUGAGGAAGAAGUUCUACAAUAUCUGAAAACAAAGUACAGCUAUAGUAGCAUCAAAUACGACGGGAUUAGCGGCUACAACAGCAAUGUCGGCAUGAUCAACAUCGGCAAUGGCUCAAGAGUUAGAUUGGAGAGACUCGCCAAAGAGAAACGCCCCACCGCUUUCGGCUGGGACUUAAAUGUAUUUGACAUUAGCAUCUGUGUAGUGCUGUAUGUUACUUCAACAGCGAUACUAGUACUAGUAUGCAUUAAGUUUGCUGUUAAAAGAACUAAGAAAAAGAGUCACAUCAGUCUGUUGCCCAAAGUGUGAUCCUCUCUUCAUAUUUUGCGCUAUGCAUAAUCGUCAUCGUGCAACAUUCCUGGACUAGUGUAAGCGUCAUUUAUACUAUUUCUAAUUUAAAAAAAAGAUAAGUCACAAAUUUUCAAAUUAUAUAUCCUUCAAUUAUAACAAUCAUUUCUUAAUAAGAUAUAAAGUUAAGAAAAGUCACUAUAGUGAAAAUAAUAACAUUGAAAAUAAUAACAAAAUAAUAUUUUUCAAACAAAAAUUAAAAUAAUGCUCCUCAUAUUAACAAAAUUUUUUUAUCAGUUUUGAAUAAAAGUUAAAUUGCCAAAUAUGUAAUUGCAAGAUCGAUAUCCUUAAUUAUCCUGAACUUAGUGACUUUUCAUAAUCUUGUCUCGUCCAAAGAAUGUUUAAGUUUACCUUGCAACAGAAUGUAAGAAAAUAUGCCUCAUAAUACAUACAGCCAACGAAAUAAGAAUAAAUUAUACAUACAUUAUCUCUUAAAUAGAACAUGAUUA